AUGCGGGCCUCCGGGCCUGCUGCGGCGGCGCGGCCGGUUGAGGCCGGGCUCGGCCCGGCCCGCGACGGCUGGCCGCCGACGAGCGCGCUCGCGCUGCUCGUCAAGAUGGCGGCGGUGUCGAUUGCGGCGACGGUCGUUCAGUCGCUCAGCGCUCAGGCGUCUGGCAUGAGCCUUCCGCGAUUCGAUCCCGCAGCCAAAAGCUGCUCGCUCGAACCGCGGCCGACUCCGCCAUCGCGGCUGCAGCUGUUGAGCUCUCCAGAAGACUGGCGCCUGAUAUGCUGCCUCCCUGCGGAUGCUGCCGGCGAGCCUGGCGGUCCGCUGCACUACAAGGAUGUGCUGACUCGAUGCCCCCCCGCAAUCUUCUACCCCCACGACUCGGAACACGAAUGUGACAGGACCAUCGGGCACAUUCGUGGCAUCCUAUGGGUCGUCCAGAGUAUCGACCUCUGGCUUGUCAGCCAGCCCCACUUUGAGGGCGCCAUCAAGUACAGCGAUCGCCAUCUCGCUGGCCUCUCCGCAAGGCCCCCCGACCGCGUCGAACUCAACGGCGCGGGCUCUCUCGGCUACGGGACCGGCCCCAGCUUCGGCUGA